GUAGGUAAUAGGUAUGUAUGUAUGUUUGAGGAGGGAAUGAGGGAGCGUUAGUUAAACGACAGACAGUGACAGUAGUGCAGCAGCAGACACGUUAAUAUCCAAGCAAGUACCCUCCGCACCCACAACACAACACAACACAACACAGCCGUGUGUGUCUUUCAUUCGCUCGCUCCGAAGAAACUUCUUCCUUCUGCUUCUUGUCCUCUCCUCUGUAUGUAUGUAUGUGGUUGUGUUGAUAACAAAUAGUAACAACAAUAGAUGGUGAUGAUGAUUACUGCUUGGAUCACUGACCUCUUCGCUUGCAUGGGUGCAGUGGUUGUUUUGGAUGCUGUGUGAAACCUACACCAAUUAUUGCUGUCGAUGAGCCGGCUAAAGGACUAAGAAUUCAGGGUCAGACAAUGAGAAAACCAACCACAUCAGAUGGAUUCUGGAGUUCAAGCCCUUGUGAUCUGGAUAACAGCACCAUUCAAUCUCAACGAAGUAUAUCAUCUGUCAGUACAUUAAAUCAAAUUCUAUAUCAAAGCAAUGGAGCUUCUACGCCAGGCACCGAGCCUGAAUUUGUAAACCAAGGUCUUCAUCUUUGGAAUGAAAGCAGGCUUCAGUGGGUUGGGCGUGGCUUAUCCGAGAAGCAAAACCAACAAAAACAAGAAUCCCGACUAAACUCAUCUCGACCGUUUGUGCUUUCCUGUCUUUCUGAGUUUCUCCCCUGUGAAUGGCUUAUCAAUCAUUGUGUUUGUUGUAGUCGGAAUGCAACUUAUGAAAGUUUGCUUGGAACUAGACAACCUUUCCCGAAGUCCGUACCUUUAUCUGAAAUGGUUGAAUUUCUAGUGGAUGUUUGGGAGCGUGAAGGAAUGUAUGGUUGAGACUUGAGAGGUUAAAAUGUUGAAGCUGUCUUUAAAUUAGUUAAUACUUCAUAUGCUGUAUUUAACUCAUGAAAGGCUUUAAUUUAUAGUCUUGCUGAGAAGAUUAAAAGAUCAAACACAAGUUUGUUCUUCCAUUGUAAUUUGAAUCCCUAAGGCAAUCCUUUUGUUUUUGCCCUCCUGUAAAUGACUGUAUACCGUUUUCCAACUAAAACCGGCAUUGCUGGAUGCAGAAGUUGUUACUGUUACCUGUAAUUAUGCAUUUACAUGAGUCAGACUCUUGUUUGCUGCCAGACUCCUUCUGUUAUUUUUCCCCAGCCAUUUCCAUUGUGCUUGAGGUAAUAUUGUAAUAAGAUGUCUCUAUUCUUUAAUCCUUAUGAA